UCUAUCCACGACCGAGAAAAGGGCUUUACUAUCUUUUUGUUUCAAAUUUCCCAGAAUGAACGUGUCCGACACUGUUGGCGUGUCGCAUCCCAUCGGAGUCGACGAGUCGUAUCGUCCUCUUCCUUCUCUCUACUUGGCCUUCUCCUUCAUCUGGCUUCUCUCCGCUUGCUCCUGGACUGUUAACACUUACAAGAAUCGUCACUUUCAGACCAAUAACUUGCAGUGGUCACUUGCCUCCGUUCCUCUUCUAAAAGCCUUGCAACUAACCUUAUCUUUCCUUUUCUGGUAUUCGUGCUUUUAUAUUCAGACAUGUUCCUUAUGGAUGUCAUUUGGGGUAUAUGUAACUGGAGUGCUCUUUCAGACAGCUUCUGUUGUGUCUUUUUUACUUAUUUCCCAUGGUUAUUGCAUCAUGUCUGAACACCUUUCUGUUACUGAGCGACGAACGACUGCUUCAAUUGGCUGUGUUUUUUAUUUGACACUUGUAGGUUACCGAGCUUCCGUACCUUACUUCUCUGUCCUACUUUUGCUUAAUUACUUCAUUUCCUUCUAUGUGAUCUUCCACCACAUAUAUCAAAAUAUACUGGUAUUGCAAGAACAACUCAGUUUUAUUAUGGAGGAGGAUGUUCAAGUAAUGCACGAUGCCAUUCAUAUGAAAUACAAGAUGUUCAAAAAAUUCCAGGCAAUCAUGCAAAUAGUUGCAAUGGCAGAAAUUCUGAUAUUCUUGAACAUGGAUGAUUCGGUUGAAAUUUACUGGCUUCGUUUGUUAGUACGAGAAUGGGCCCAAUUCUGCAUCUUCAGUUACAUCGGGUGGAUCUUUAGGUCACAAGACAUGGCUCCCCGUUUCUCUAUUAUGCCAACUGUUAAGUCCGAAAACAAUAGGAUUGUCCCUCCAAUUUACAGUAUUGAAGUGGAUGCAGCAACAUAUAGAGGGUUUAGCAGUCAUAAUUGGCACAUUGGCGUGCCAACCUCGCUAUCCCGCAGCGAAAGUUCUAAUGGUUCGAUUAUAGUAAUAAUUCAGCAUCCUUGCGCACACAAUGCCAACAGUCAAUCCAUGUCAAACCCUGCAGAUGAAGCUGAUCAUUCAUGAUGGUGAUUUGAAUUCAGAAUUUUGAUGAGGCAAGUCAAUUCUUUUUCCCCCUUCAGGAGGUAUACCAAGAUCACAUUUUGUAGAAAAUGUGAUGUUAAAAAAAAAACCUUUUGCUAGAACAGAGGAAUCCCACGUUUUUUUUUUCGGAAAAUCUUUUCAUACCAUUUAUAGAAUCAAAUUGUACAUACUUUUUUUUUUCUCUAUACUUCCACAAAUUUACAGAUGUAAAGUGAUUAUUACUAAAUGAAGAUUACCUCCCUUUCAUUGUA